AUGGAGCUCACAGGUUUCCUUCUCACGCUCACCUCUCUGACGGUCUCUCCUGACAGAUGUCAGUUCUUUAAGUACGAGUCUCUCUCUCUGAGCUGUGAAGAGAACAGAAAACCUUCUACAUGGAGGGUGAAUGCUGAAACAGAGCGAGGAGUCUCAGAGUGUGGACAGGACUGGGGCUCUGUGGAGACAUCGGUCUGUGUCAUCACUGAAGCCUACCAGUGGAACAGUGGGGAGUACUGGUGUGAGUCCCAGUCAGGAGAGAGGAGUCCAGCUCUGAAUAUCACCAUCACAGACAACAGUGUGAUCCUGGAGAGUCCUGUGCUUCCAGUGAUGGAGGGAGAAUCUGUGACUCUGCGCUGCACGACUCAAAGAAACUCAUCCAGCCCUCUAGUCAGCGUCUUUAUGAAGGACAGAUCUCCAGUGGGAGCCUCUAUAACAGGACAGGUGACCCUCCCAACAGUGUCCAAGUCUGAUGAAGGUCUUAACAUGUGCGUGAUCAACGACGUGGGAACAUCAGCAGAGAGCUGGAUCUCUGUCAGAGAACGAGCCACAGAGGAGGAGAAAGAACAGAAACUAUCUGAUGGUUUUACUACAAAUGGGACAGUAGCUCCUGUCCCUCCUGAAUCUCCCCUCCUGUCUGUAAACAGACUCAUAUGUCUUCUAGUUGUUGGAGCUCCUUACCUGCUGUCCACAGUCUUGCUGGCACUCGUAUGCAGAGACAGGACUAACAGUGUUGACGAGUCUGCAGCAAAGCCAGCAGGAGAGACAACAGCAUGCAAUGAAGUCCUGAUGGAAGAAGUUCAGUGAUGUGAUGAAGAGUUGAUCUUCUGUCUGUAAAGUCAUAAAUGUUGUUAAAUGCAGUCCUGCUGGCGUCAAGAAGCCGAGCAUGAGGCAGAAUGCUCCUAACAAAGAUAGCAUAAGGAGGAGGUUGGUGUGUGAACUCCUCUUGUUUCUUAUGUUGUUGUUUUUCAAUUUAAUCAAGCAGUUUCUUUUCUCCUCAAUAAACAUCCCUUUCCAUGUCUUGUUUAGGCUGUAGUUUCCUGGCUGUCCCAUUUCCAGUGUUUUCUUUAAGGUUCUCAUUGUUUUUUGUCAGGUAGAUAAAUAUUGGCUACAC